AUGUUAAAGUUUUUAAUACUUUGUUUGAUUGGAUUAUCAGCAUUUGGAUACACAUUUCCCUAUGAUGGAGAUGUGUUAGUACUAAAUGAUAAUACUAUAAAUGCUGCUAUCAAGCAAUUUGAUUACUUAUUGGUCGAAUUUUACGCUUCGUGGUUUAAAUUGAUAUUUUACCUCUCAUUAUAGGUGUGGUCAUUGCAAAUAAUUUGCCCCAGAGUAUUCUCAAUUUGCUACUUAAGUGAAAGAAGCUGGUCAAUCUUUCGUUGUUGCCAAAUUAAAUGGUGGAGAUCAGGAAAAAUAAGCUAUGAACAAGUUUAAUAAUUUAAUUUGAAAAUAGAUACAAAGUAUCAAGUUUCCCAACCAUAAUAUUACUCAUUAAAGGACAUGCAGUACCUUAUAAUGGUGAUAGAAGUGCUAAUGGAUUAAUGAAUUUUGUAACUUAAGCUUUAGAGGAUAAAUUAGUAAGAGUUGAUGAAAUUGAUGAUGUUUACAAGGUAUAAAAUAAAUUUAUUAUUUCUAUUUAGUUUUUAAGUGAUAAUAGUUUGAGUUUAUUAUAUUUUGUUAAAGAUUAAUAAUAACCAGAAUUGUAGAUUUAUUCAUUAGCUGCCAAAAUAUUCCCUAAUUUGAAAUUUGGUUACACAACUUCUGCUUAUGCAAGAGUAAUAUAUUAAAAUAAUGUUAAUAGAAAUUGUAUGAUGUAGAUGAAGGAUAAAUAGUUUUAUUUAGAACAUUUGAAGAAAGAAGAAAAGAAUUUACAGAUUAAAUAACUUUACAAAAAUUAACUGAUUUUUUAUAUGAAAAUUCAACUCCAUCAUUCGAAGAAUUAGAAAAUAAAAGUUACACAAAUAUUUUUAAUAAAAAUACACCUGCUUUAAUUCUAUUUUGGAAUCAAUAAAGUUAAGAGACAAAAGAAGUCUUAAAAUUGAUUGCUCCAAACAUUAAAAAAAGAAUAACUGUUGUAUCUGUUUUUUCUGAUAAUUAUAUGUUGAAUUAAGUCUUAGGUCAUUUGUUUAUAAAUAAUCCAACAUUCCCUUCAGUGUAUUAUUAUAAGACUACAAAUGAAGUUUAUAAAUUAGAAGGAUAAAUAACUGUUGAAAAUGUUAUGAGAUUUGUUUAUGGAGCCAAUAAUGGUAAAAUUCAAAGAAAAUAAAAAUCUUAACCAAUACCUACUUAAUCAACAAAUGUUCUGAAAGUAGUAGGUGAUACAUUUGAUGAAUUAGUUUUGAAUUCCAAAAAACAUAUUUUAGUAUAGUUUUGUCAAACAUCGAAUAGUAAAUGGUAAUAUAUGAAUGGUAUACAUAGUUAUGAACCAGAAUUUGAAGAUUUAGCUUAGGAAUUGAAAAAUAAUGAUAAUUUAGUAUUGGCUUAAAUAGAUUUAUCCUAUAAUGAUUUGGAUAGUGUGAAGAUAGAGAAUUAUCCAGGGUUUAAAUUAUAUAUUCCAAAAGUGACAUCUAAUCCAUUAAAUUUUGAUCAAGAGUUUAGUAAAGAGAAUCUAUCUGCUUUUAUAAAAUAAAAAGUUUAGCUUACAGUUACAGAAUAAAACAGAAGCAAAUCUGAUUUGUGAAUUAUUUUAUGUAAAACCAG